UCGAUUAUAAAGUACAAAAAUCUAGUUUUUCGUUUUCAACACUUUCGUGCAUUUUUAGUUAACACAAACAAGCAUGGGCUACGAUCUCAGCUGCAUUGUUGGCCAUGUCGAUGAGGAGCUCAUUUGUCCCAUAUGCGCCGACGUCCUGGAGGAUCCCGUGCAAGCCUCGGGCUGUGAGCACGCCUUCUGUCGUGCCUGCAUCGAAAAGUGGCUGAAACAGAAGCACAUCUGUCCUGUCGAUCGUCUGGAGCUGUCGCCCAGUCAUUUAAUAGGAGCCUCCCGCCUAAUGCGCAAUAUGCUGGCGCGCCUAAAGAUCCGCUGCUGCUUUGCCGAAAAUGGUUGCAGCGCUCUCCUGCCGCUGGACGAAUUUCGUGCUCAUGUGAUCGCUUGUGAGCACAAUCCCAAGGUGGUGGUUGUGUGCACGAAGGGUUGCGGCAUGAAGGUUCCCAAGGAUGAACUCGCCUCCCACAACUGCGUGUUCGAGCUGCGUGAGAUGGUGCAGUCGCAAAUCAACGAAAUAUCUGAGCUCAAGGACAUGCAGACCCACCAAGAAAUGCGCAUUGAUGUGCAGCGGCGGGAACUCGAACUGUUGCAGUACUAUAUAGCGGCUCUGCGCUCCACGAAUCCACUGAUCCGAAACAUUGGCGAGCAGCUCGAUCGUUACGCCGUGAUGCAGUGGGGCGGCAGUCUGCCUCUGGCCAGAGUCCGGACUUGGGGCAGCUUGAUCUCCACUCCAGACUCGGCCAUGCACAUGUUGGUGCGCGAGGGACUUCGUGCCUGUGGCUGCCCCAUGCAUCUGGUGAACCUGAUGGUCGAUCGCUGCCAUGAGGAUCGCUGGCCGUCGGGCCUGCUCACGUUGGAUUCGCGACGGGAGAAUGCCCAUCGACUGGUGCAGUAUGUGACGCGCAUGCUGCCCUCUCUGAUCACCGGCAAGCCGUGCAUUGUCAUAUUGAAUGGCGACAAUGGACACAUGCCGGAGAAUUUGCGCCCAACUCUGGCGAUGAUCAUGAUCUUUGUCGAUGGUGUAGAUGAGUCGCGACCGGAGUAUGAGCUCCCAGGUGAUUUCCAUAGCGACAUUCGGAAUACGCCACUAAAUAUCUAAGUUUUCGGAUAAUGUUUAAGGGUCAAAAUUUUGUUUUGUAAUAGCCAGACGUAAUUGUUACACAAUUCUAAAAAUUACAAUACCUUCGGUAUCACUGUAUCAUGAGA